AUGACUACAAAUUUUCUUAGAUUAACAAACCCCAAGAGAGUAAAAUUAGUAUCAACUUGCGAUAUUUGUAAAGCUCGAAAGGUCAAAUGCGACAAAGAACGACCAGAAUGUGGUACUUGUAAAAGAACAAAUAGAAAAUGUAGUUACAAUUAUGCACAGUUAACGAAAUCGAUGCGAGAUAAACAGAAUGGCAUGAAAUCACAAAAUGACAAAAGUUACUUAGAUUCAUGUUUAGAAGAUAUACAAAAAGUGCAGUUUGGCCCAUUAUUUGAAGAAUCAGGUUAUUUAUCCAUGGUCUCAAGAGGAUUUGGUGUUGAUAUAAACGAAGGCCAAAAUAUUGUUGGAAUGUUGUCUACACCAACGAUUCCAUUGCAACAAAAUGAUGGACAAAAUUUCGCUAGCAUUGAUGGAACAUCGGUGAUCACUAGUGAGGUUCUUUAUCAUUCUAGCGAAAUUGCAUCAAAUAUUCCUAGGGUAUCUGAACAAUGUUUGUACGAUCCUACAUAUUAUCUAAAUUGUGCUGAUUUUGCUGCACUCACUAAACAGGUACCUCACCAAGAACAAUUUUUGGAAAUAUCACCUGAACAAAUGCCUCCAUUGGCUCCAUCAUCUCAACAGCAUCAAAAUAAUAGCGAUAAUAAAAAUAGCAACAUUACUAAUGUUGAUGCUUAUCAGAAUACAUCAUCCAAACCUGGUUAUGACAUGAUGGAAGAUUUAAUUUCUUCAAUCAAUAACAUAAAUCUUUACGAAUCAACCAGAUAUAUCGGUGAAGGUUCUUUGUUGAUGCUUGAUGAAGAUUAUAAUGGAGAAAUGAUUAUUCCUCAAACACAAGCACGUUUAUCUGAGGUUGACGAUUCAUUAAAGAUACUCCCUGACCCACAGACUGUUGAUGAAUUAAUAUCUUUAUAUUAUAAAGUAAAUUCUUUUUUGAACAAGUUAUAA